AUGGGUGCUCGCAUCAAGCACAAAGGUCCCACAGCGGAAGAAAAGACGCGAAUCCUCGUGGCUUAUGAGCAAGGUCAAGACUGGAAGCUGGUUGUCAAGCACAAUGGCGUUGCUUUGACAACUGUGCGCCGCGUACUCUCCAAAGGCCAUGUGAACCACCUGCCGGGUGGGGGGACGCGUCUGGGACGAACGAAAGUCACCACGGAGAUCCGCGAAGCGCUGGAGCGAUACGUUGAUCAGAACUGCCAGUACACCAUGAAACAUUUAAUAGCCAACGACUUCCCAGGAACCGAACUAUCACUGCAGACAAUCAGUCGUCACCUGCUCAGGAUCAACAUCUUGUCAUUCAAUGUGGAGGAAGGACUGGUUUAUUUCCGUCUGGAGCGGGGAAACAUCAAGAUGGCCCAGAACGCUGCCUUUGUUGAAGCAGUCUAUCAAGCAGUGAAGACAAGUGCCGCGUGGAUCGACAACUUUGAGGGCAAGAGGGUCGUGAUUGUUCUCAACAACGCACCAGCACACUCCCAAACGGAGGAACGCGUUGCAAACACUUCGUUCGAUUGCCGUCCGACGUAA